GCCAGUCUCCCCCUCGAUCAAGGCAAGGGAGACAGUUGAACGAAAGAGCAUCAGUGUUUAUGGGCUGCGAGUUGACGGCGUUGGGUUCGGCAAGGCUGUUCGAGGCAGGACAAGGCUGAACUCUGGGUUUCUUGGCGCCUUGAGGCUGUCUCGGCAUAACUUCUGCUUUUGUCCCAUGGAGGAUUGUUGAAGUGUCCUCAGGCAUUGCAGCCAAAUUGCAAGGUCUCCUCGAAGCUUUCAGGAGAAACUGUCCUCCAUCUUCUUCCCAUUUCCUCUCCUCUGGCGACUCUUUCUCGCGCUCCUUUGCUCCCUUCUUCCUUGCCUUUCUCUCUAACAGCCUGAAGCUGUUUCACGGUGUGCAGCAACCAUGAGUGGCCUCCGCUUUCUCGACCUCAUUAAACCCUUCACCCCCCUCCUGCCGGAGGUGGCGGCCCCGGAAUCAAAAAUUCCGUUCAACCAGAAGUUGAUGUGGACAGGAUGUACGCUCUUGAUUUUCUUGGUCAUGAGCCAGAUGCCACUCUACGGCAUCGUCUCGUCCGACACGUCGGAUCCCAUCUACUGGUUGCGUAUGAUGCUGGCCAGUAACAGGGGAACGUUGAUGGAACUGGGCACAACACCCAUCAUCUCCUCCGGGAUGGUCUUCCAGCUGCUGGCUGGCACCCAUCUCAUCGACGUCAACCUCGAUCUCAAGUCCGACCGCGAAUUGUAUCAAACCGCUCAAAAACUCUUCGCCAUCAUUCUGUCGUUCGGCCAGGCCUGCGUUUUCGUCCUCACUGGUCUGUAUGGCCAACCAAGCGACCUCGGUGCUGGUAUCUGCCUCCUCUUGAUCGUCCAGCUGGUGAUUGCUGGUUUGGUGGUCAUUCUCCUGGAUGAACUGCUUCAGAAAGGGUACGGUCUCGGAUCCGGCAUCUCUCUCUUCAUUGCCACAAACAUCUGCGAGUCCAUCAUCUGGAAAGCCUUCUCCCCGACGACGGUUGACACAGGUCGCGGGAAAGAAUUCGAAGGCGCAGUGAUUGCCCUCUUCCACCUCCUCGUCACUUGGCCCGACAAGACCCGCGCGCUCCGCGAGGCCUUCUACCGCCAACACCUUCCGAACAUCAUGAAUCUUUUGGCAACACUGACCGUCUUCGCGGCUGUCAUCUACCUUCAAGGCUUCCGGGUCGAGAUUCCAGUGAAAUCCUCUCGGCAACGAGGCAUGCGCGGCUCAUACCCCGUCCGCCUCUUCUAUACCUCCAACAUGCCCAUCAUGCUGCAAUCCGCCUUGGCGUCGAAUAUCUUCAUGAUCAGCCAGAUGCUCUACACCCGCUUCUCAGACAACUUGCUGGUGAAACUUCUCGGAACAUGGGAACCAAGAGAGGGCUCAUCCCAACUGUACGCCAGCGGUGGAAUCGCGUAUUACAUGUCCCCACCCCUUAACUUCACCGACGCCCUCCUUGACCCCAUCCACACAGUCAUCUACGUCACCUUCAUCAUUGUCACCUGCGCGGUCUUCUCCAAGACAUGGAUCGAAGUCUCUGGCAGCGCCCCACGCGACGUGGCUAAGACCCUAAAGGAUCAAGGAUUGGUAAUGGCUGGUCAUCGUGAGCAGAGCAUGUACAAGGAGCUGAAGAGAGUUAUCCCCACGGCGGCGGCGUUUGGAGGGGCGUGUAUUGGAGCGUUGUCCGUCGCGAGUGAUAUGCUCGGUGCGCUCGGGAGUGGAACUGGGAUCUUGCUGGCGGUCACGAUCAUCUAUGGCUAUUUUGAGAUUGCGGCCAAGGAAGGAGAUUUCGGCCAAGGGUUGAAGGGGCUGAUUGCUUAGCACCUGGACAGGUUUUGAAGAGUUGAUCUUUUCAUACACACGGGCUUGUUAGAGAAGCUAGGAGAACAAAAGUGUGCCCUCUUUCUGCAUAGCAAAGGUUUUAGGGUCAGGGUCGGGGGACUGCUCAGACGCAAGGGCCCAAGGUGUAAGGGGCAACGCAGAGGAAACAUUAUAUCUUAUCUGGUCUUGGCUGGUACUGCUUGUAUAGUACAGACUCCUUCGCCGCCAAGCUGGCCCUACUUGUACUGUAUGAAGACUUCUGCAACCUAUAUAUGCUGUUGGCUCGCUGGGUGGGCAUAUAUGUCUACCUGGGUCCUCGAGAGAUCUGCGUUUAGACCUUCGCUACGACGUGUCUUGGGGACUUUCCCCCGCGUCCGAUCAAACCUCCUGAGG